ACGGCCCCCGGGCUGCCGCGGGGCGAGGCGCGCCGCUGGCCACAUCUGGAUGCUCCUUUUGCGCGCGCGCGGGCCUCAGUUUCCCCGUCCGCGCAGUGGGGGCGCGGGCGGCGCAGGAAUCGGGCUCCGUCCAGGCAGUGCCGGGCUUGGGCCUCAGUUUCCCCGUUUUGCAGGGGCGGGGCCUGGGGGGGGGAGGGAGCCCCGCCCCACCCCGCUCGGGGGUUUUCCUGACCUUGGGCCGGAAGUCCGGGCGGCUCUGCCCUGCGACCUGGGUGGCGUGGCGGCGCUUCUCCGCUUUGGGCCGUGAACCUGCGAGCCUCAGUUUCCCCCGGAGACAGUAGUACCCGCCUCGUAGGGGCGAUCGGAAUUGAAUGAUGUUCCCUAUCAGCCUUUGCUUCUUCUCGUGGGAGCCCGGGAGGAGGGGCAGUCGUUAAGGCAGCGAAGGCCGAGCGAGAGAUGGACCCCCCGGACUCAGCCUCAAGGGUCUUCUGCAGCCGCAUCCUGAACAUGGUGGAUGCCGACGACGUUAACGCCAUCAUUCAGGCCCAGAAGAACAUGCUUGACCGCUUCGAGAAGACCAACGAGAUGCUGCUCAACUUCAACAACCUGUCGAGCGCCCGCCUGCAGCAGAUGAACGAGCGCUUUCUGCACCACACCAGAACCCUCGUGGAGAUGAAGCGGGACCUGGACAGCAUCUUCCGCAGGAUCCGGACGCUGAAGGCGAAACUGGCCAGGCAACACCCCGAGGCCUUCAGCCACAUCCCUGAGGCUUCCCUCCUGGAGGAUGAGGAUGAGGACCCCAUCCCCCCCAGCACCACCACCACCAUCGCCACCUCGGAGCAGAGCACAGGCUCCUGCGACACCAGCCCCGGCCUUGUCUCGCCGCCCCCCAGCCCGGGCUUCGAGGACCUGUCCCAUGUCAGGCCCGGCUCCCCGGUCGUCAAUGGCCGCAGCCAGACGGACGACGAGGGCACGCCGGGCGAGUAGCCCUGUUCCCUGGGCUCCAGGGGUCCCAGGGCCGUGGGGAGCCCCAUCUCUCCUGAGUCAGCUUUCCGGGGUCCUUCGCCCCAGGGAUGCACCCUACCCAGCUGGCAUUGGGCCGGGUUGAAGGAGCUUUUCUAGACCCGGGGCCUGAGGUCUGUCUUGAACAGAACUAAGGAGGGGAGCAAAGCCGGACGCCCCUGGCCCCAGGCCGGGCCCCCCUUGAGGCAGAGAGCUGCUGCUCACCUCAGUUCACCCCAGCCUGAUCCCCACCCCGCUGACUCUACUCUCCCUUCCGCUUCCUCUGCUGAGAGCAUGGACGACCUCCAGCCGACAUCAAUGGGGGUUUCUGAGACAGGAGUCUCUCCAGGGAGGCUGGCCAGCCCCGGCCCGAGCCUGACACAGGCCAUGGGUCUCCGAGGGGAGGCACAGACCCCGAGGCCCCAGGGGCCCCCUCAGAAAACAGUUGAGCGGAUUAUUUUUGCACCCGAUGUUUACAAAUGCUGCUGGGAAGUUACCAAUAAAGAGUCUGUUACUAAAAAGGGAA